AAUAAAGGCUCAUAAUUAAUCUCAAUUGGGUCCGUGGGUCUCAGAAUCGUUCGCGCCAUAACAAUUAUAAGGCGGUUCAAAACGUUUAACGUAGUAUUGAAACUGUUUUUCUCUUCAUGAAAUAUCCUUUCCCUUUCUUAUAUGCAGGAAAAAAAUCUACUGUUCCUCCAAUUCAGUACUAACUUUAAACCUCUGAGGACUUUCUUGACCUAAGGAAAGUAUUACCUGUUUCUGCAGCACUUUCUACAUUAUUACCCCAUCACACCGACUCCAUUAAUUAACAAAACCCUGGCCCACACUGGUAUAGUGUAAGCUCCUACAGAAUCAAGGAGCCUUAUUUUUUCCAGUAUCCCCUGUGCCUAGCAGUUAGCUAAGGUGAGCCAAAAUGGCUCUCACCCCAUCUAUGCAGACAGACAGAAAUAGACCUUAUAGAUCCCAGUUACCUAUUUUUCUCUUCUUUUUCAAAAGCUAAAUCUUUUUUCUUCUGUGUACUUGUGGAACUCCAACAUGAAAAACACAUGGAGGGCUGCUGAGAUCUGCCCUAGUAAUUAAUCACAGCACUACUGAUAAUUUAUUAGUGCUUAUAUGUGGUAGGCACUUGCUUACCCACUAGAAAUACGUUAUUUGAUUCUCUCAACCAUUUCCUACAAUAUAUGCUAUUAUUAUUCCUGUUAUCAGCUAGAUAACGAGGUUCAGGAAAUUUGCUCAAGCAGGUCACAAGGGUCAGGAGGUGGAGCCCAAAGUAGAAUACAAAUCUCACUCCAGAGCCUGAAAUCUUAACCGCUAUACGCACCUUCUUCAUCUUGAGAUAUUCUGAGAAUUCCCUUCUCUGGUGUGGAUCAGGGACACGCAACCUAGACUUCAUCGCUCCUCCCAUUUGACAGCGAAAUUACGAAAACUGUAACUGAUCAGGCUGGAGGGUGGAGGCAUUGUCCCAAGGACCAUUUUCUCUUGGCGAUUCGAGCACCAAGAAGUAUUCCAAACGUAACUUUAAGUUGCCCGCGAGCAGUCCGCAGCCAGGCCCCGCCCACGCCAAGAGGUCACUCAAAUACGGCCAGAGAACGCCAGGAAACCUCUGGGACCGGGAAGUGUGGGCCCGCCAUCCCCAUGCAGCCUUUUCUUCCAGAAAACAUAGCCACACGGUGCUUCUCACGUUUCCCCAAAGUACCACAUGCCUCCGACCUUCAGUUCAGCAUUAUCAGGUCCGUCCGGUUUCAAAUACCAACAACCACAGUCCUUCCCUUCCGCUUCCCUACCGGCGGAAGUGACGAACCGGAAGCGUCUCUCUUCCCACUGGGGGCGGGGAAGAAAUAUGGCGGCGCCCAGCAGCCGGUGAGGCGAGAGGACACGGGCAUCUCGGGGAGCGACCAGACUCUUACGUUAUGGCCGCAUCCCCGCACACUCUCUCCUCACGCCUCCUUACAGGUCGGGUAGGAGGAUGUGUUUGGUAUCUAGAGAGAAGAGCUGUGCAGGAAUCCCCUCACAAGUUUAUGCAUCAUUUUAGGAACAUCAAUAAGCAGUGGAUUACAUUUCAGCACUUUACCUUUCUUAAACGUAUGUAUGUCACGCAACUGAACAGAAGUCUCAGCCAGCAAGUAAAACCAAAGCCAGAACCAGUGGCAUCUCCUUUCCUUGAAAAAACAUCUUCGGGUCAAGCCAAAGCAGAAAUAUAUGAGAUGAAACCUUUUUCACCCUCCAGCCUAUCUUUGUCCAGAAAGCCAAGUGAAAAGGAAUUGAUAGAACUAGAAUCUGCCUCAGUAAUUCAAGGCUCAAUAGAAGUGGGAAAAGAGACAAAAGAUGAAAAGCAGUGGAAAGAGAUGAAGCUGCAUGUGGACGAUUUGCCAGGAAUUUUGGCUCGACUAUCCAAAAUCAAGCUCACAGCUCUAGUUGUCAGUACUACUUCAGCUGGAUUUGCAUUGGCUCCAGGGUCUUUUGACUGGUCCUGUUUCCUGCUUACUUUUGCUGGAACAGGCCUUGCAUCCUGUGCUGCCAACUCCAUCAAUCAGUUUUUUGAGGUGCCAUUUGAUUCAAACAUGAAUAGGACAAAGAACAGACCUCUGGUUCGUGGACAGAUCAGCCCAUUGCUAGCUGUGUCCUUUGCCACUUGCUGUGCUAUUCCUGGAGUUGCCCUUCUGACCUGGGGGGUAAAUCCACUCACAGGAGCCCUGGGAGUCUUCAACAUUUUCCUGUAUACCUGCUGUUAUACCCCAUUGAAGAGGAUCAGCAUUGCCAACACAUGGGUUGGAGCUGUUGUUGGGGCCAUCCCACCUGUCAUGGGCUGGACAGCAGCUACUGGCAGCCUCGAUGCUGGAGCAUUUCUUUUGGGAGGAAUCCUCUACUCCUGGCAGUUUCCUCAUUUCAAUGCCCUGAGCUGGGGCCUCCGCGAGGACUACUCCCGAGGAGGCUACUGCAUGAUGUCGGUCACUCACCCAGCCCUAUGCCGGCGCGUCGCCCUGCGCCAUUGUCUGGCCCUGAUUGGACUGUCCACGGCAGCCCCAGUCCUCGAUGUCACCACAUGGACCUUCCCUGCCAUCUCACUCCCCAUCAACUUGUAUAUCUCCUACCUCGGCUUCCGGUUCUACACAGAUGCGGACCGGAAGAGUUCCAGGAAACUGUUCUUUUGCAGCCUCUGGCAUUUACCCUUGCUCCUGCUUCUUAUGCUCACCUGUAAGCAGCCGCCAGGUGGGAAAUGUGACAAGGGAGAACCUCAAAGUUGAAAUCACAUUGGCAUAUGGGAAAAAAAAAACAAAAACAGAAACAUACAGGAAAACGCACUUUUUCCCUUUUCUUUUAGGCAACAAUAUUUCGAUAAUUCUGGAGCGCAAGAAGAAUAAUCACUGGGUUUAGUACAGGAUUUUUAAAUAACUUGGUGCUCAACAAUCACUUUACAGUUUUUUUAAUGAUGAUAUACAAAAUGUUCCCCAAAUAAGAAAUGGGUUGGCUCAGUAGAGUGAUACAAAGAGAGUAUGUUUUUCUCUUUAAGGGUCUUGAUAUAUCUCUUCCUCCAACCCUGCCCCCAUUGUUUUUCUUCUUCCUCAAGAGUAGACUGCAGUGCACCACUUCCUUUUGUGCCCCCGCCCCGCACCAUAAACACACACCCUACCUGUCAACCGGAGUGGUGAGCACUCAUAUUAUGAUAUUUGUAGAUCUGUGGUCUCAGGUCCCUCGAGAAUUGUGUCAGAGGACAAUGCACACUGCUGGCUGCAGCACCCACUUCCCUGUGAAUGAGCCAGGGCCCCCAGUUCUAGUUUUCUCUAACCCACACAUAUUCUCAACUGCAUAUUCCUUCAAACAAUAAUAGAAUACCAAGGAUGGGCUGUUACAUGCCAUUUGGAGGAAGAAUUCCCAAUGGUUGCCUGGGGAAUCUCCUCCUGGACUGCUAGCCACUCCUCACCCCAUUACAUAUCAGCAUUUCAAAAACUCUGAGGAAUCAAAAGCAUCUUUAUAAUUCACAUUAAAAUAUUGGAGGUGUCUGAAGUGCUUCUUUCUGGAAGGGUAGCACUAGACUUAAUACCAGAAAUCCCUCCAGCUCAGACCCAUUACUGUUCUCUUUAGUCACUGUGAAGAUUGUCAGUUCCUCUUUGCUGCAUGGCUUCCUCAAGGCCCAAUGAGAAGGGAAAUCAGAAAAAGGUGAGCCAGGCUACCAGCCUACAUAGCUCAUGCUCUUGUCCUUUUAGUGAGAAACACAUUUCCAUCCUGGCAUCUGAAUUCAGAAAUUAGCCUCUGCGCAUCCAAAGGCUUUAGGAGUCAGAAGUCCAAGUUGGACUCCUGGUGGGCCUGUUUCCUGUUUGGGGAGCUGUGUGUUUCCCUGUAGCCAGGUAUGGCCUCAGUCACCUGUAGAUCCUUCAGUCCUUCAUGUAUGCCCCCUCAUCCGCUGUUGAAUCUCAUUUGCCCUAAGGUCUUGAUGCUUAACAGGAUAUUUUAAUUACUCAGUCUCCAGGGGCAUGGCUGCCUUGUAGGAAUUCAUUUGGGGAGUUUAAACAACAUUUAAACAGUCGUUGCAAUAUGCCCGUUUUCUCAAAAAAUUCUAAAGCGAUUUCAGAUAGCAUCUGAUCCCUGUUUCUACUUAUCUGGAAUAUUACCUCUUGGCUGUAUCCAGGUUAUUUUCUGUGGAGAAAAUGGCACAGGAAUGUCUGGAAAGAACAUCUACAACGGUUGCAGCCCUGAAAUUUGUAAAAUGCUUUGGUUCUCUUUUCCUGCUGCAAUAAACAGGUAUAUGAGAACAAAAGUAA